UCACACGCCUCACCAGCAUUUCACUCUACACCUUACUCAAUACCCUAUCCCCACUUAACGUCAUACCUGAUACUAUUUAGUAUCGCGCACCUCUUGACGCCUGCAUCCUUAGAAGCCGCGCAUAGAGACUGCUAAUCGUUUACUUUCCCCUUACCAUCACACUAUCAUUAUUUUCCGCACCAGUGUCCACGCGAUUUGCAGACGCGACACACAAUGCCUCCGAGGAGAAGACUCGCCGCGGCGCCACCGGGCACCAAACCGUUGAGCAAAAGGUCUUCUGCGACUAGGGGAGCCCCUACUAGGGGCAAGAAAGGUCGCGAUGCAGUGGCGCAAAAUGUCAACAACAAAAGUGAUGAUGGCGAAAGAGAUGAGGAGCAAGAGCAACAGCAAGAGCAACAGCAAGAACAACAGCAAGAGCAAGAGCAGAAUGAAGAUAAGGAGCAAGAGCAGGAUGUGAACGAAGAACAAGAGCAGAAUGACGAUGAUCAUGACGAGGGAAAGGAAAAGACGAAGAAGCAGGCUGAACCUCUCCGACGUGGACCAAAGAGAGGUACUGGUCGCGCCGCCCGUAUUACUAAACCCACUGCAGCCCCAGCUCAAAAACGAAUUGCUUCGGCAGGAAAGAGUGGUUCUGGAAAGACCAACGCGACUGCAAAGGCUCGUUCUAAGCAGCUUGACCUGGAUCGCGAGGCUACUCGUCAACGCGACCAAUCUACCGCCGAGUCGAGUGGAUCGCGUGCUUCUAAACGCAAGAGAGAAGAAGUCGAAGAUGAAGAUGAAGACGAAGAGGAAGAAGAAGAGCUCGAAGAAGCGCCCAAGCAAAAGAAGCCUCGCGGUGGUCGAUCUGCGCCCAAGAAGAAGAUCAAGGUCCAAGCCGAAGAACCCAAGCCAGUGCCUACAUCAGCGAAGUCUCGCGAUACUAACCUAAAGGCCGCAAGUGCCCCCAAGACUGCCCCCAAGAAGCCCGCGCCGCGACCGCGUACGAGAGGGCCUGGUGCAAGAGGAGCGCCUUUUAAUGAGGUGCCUACUAAACAGCUUGAUGUUUUUGUCUUUGGCGAAGGAUCAUCGGGCGAACUUGGUCUCGGUAGUAAGAAACAUGAUGGGAAAAAACCUAUCGAUGUAAAGCGACCUCGACUUAACCACAACCUCAAGGGCGUUGUCGCUCUAGCUUGUGGAGGUAUGCAUUGUAUUGCCCUGACUCAUGAUCAGACUAUCCUCACAUGGGGUGUCAACGAUGAUAAAGCGCUCGGUCGCGAUACUUUCUGGGAAGGCGGUACUCGCGACGUUGACGACGAGGAUGACUCAGAAGAUGAGGAUGACACCGGCGUUAAUCCUAGAGAAAGCACUCCUGGACAGGUUGAUCUCAGUGUGUUACCUGAAGGCACCAAAAUUGCCCAGGUUGCGGCUAGCGACUCUGCCUCUUUCAUUCUCACAGACGACGGCUGGGUCUACGGCUGGGGCACUUUUAGAGGUUCUGAUGGUAUCAUCGGAUUCAGCGAACACGCGCGAAUCCAAGAAACACCUGCGCUCAUCCCUGAAUUGAAGAACAUCACUAAACUAGCUUGUGGUUCGAAUCACGUCUUGGCUUUGGACUUGUCCGGCAAAGUGUUCACCUGGGGUAGUGGAGGCCAGUUCCAGCUUGGCAGGAAACCGAUCUCUCGUCUCGCAGGUCCGAGCGUUGGACUUACUCCGCAGCCAUGCGGAAGAUUCACUAAGAAACAUCGUGCCGUCAGCGUGGGCGCUGGUUCGUAUCACAGUUUUUACAUCGACAGUGACGAUCAGGUGUGGGCCUGGGGCCUGAACAACUACUCACAGACCGGCCUUAGCGAAAAUACCGGCGAAGACGAUGCCAUGGUUCUCCAGCCUCAAGUUGUUACAUCACUUCAGGACCAUAAGGUCAGCCAGGUCGUGGGCGGGGAACACCAUUCGGUUGCUUGUACGACUGAAGGAAAGCUGCUCACGUGGGGCCGUGUGGAUGGCCACCAAGUCGGACACCCGUCCAGUCUAUUCAACCGUCAAAACUCCGUUUACGAUGAUAACAAGAAGCCUCGAAUUCUCUUGGAGCCUACCGCCGCUAAUGGAAUUAAAGCUACCUUUGUUGCUGCUGGUACGGAUACCAGUUUCGCCAUAGAUGAGGCAGGCAAGGUUUACUCAUGGGGUUUCUCAGCGAACUACCAAGCUGGCCAAGGAACCACCGACGACAUUGAAGUUCCGACGGCGAUCGAAAACACCGCCAUUCGUGAUCGACGAAUUGUAUGGGCCGGUGCUGGCGGUCAGUACUCGGUUAUCGCGGCUGAAGCUGAGGACGAUGAAGUUAAGGACAAGGAAGUUGAGGACAAGGAAGUUGAGGACAAUGUGCCCAACGGUGAUUAAAGAGCCAUUUUCAGUUAGAUCAGAUUCAUGACAUGGUGUUUAGGAGCGACGGCAUACGAGGGUGGGAUGCUGCAUCAUUAUAUAUCCUUCGCGUGUUAUAUUCAUUGGACUCAAGUGGGUUCGGGUCUGGUUUUUGAUUUUGGCUGGUUGCUAGGCAUGACUAUAAUUCAUGAGGUUUCAUCAGGAUGAUGCACAUAGCAGUGGACAUAUGAGCAGUUAGGCAGGCCUGUCACUAUCAUGCUACGAAACAAAACCUCGUUGCAUUUCUUGUACUUAUGAACAAUAGCAGCGUCGGGACUUCUACGACUCUUGUACAAUACCAAUAGUGCCUCGGACAAUGAUUAGAAUAGCGAGUUUAACUUGUGAAUUCGGAUAAGGAAUUAGAUGUAAGAAAACUCGUCACACUUUGAAAUAUACCUAAUAUACAACUUCGCGAUUACGACG